AUGGACAGUUUAUUUCCAAUUAUAGACGUUCAAGCCCUCCACGGACGCGAGAUCAAAGUAUACGGUUGGAGUGACUCAACAGCAGUUCUCGGCUGGAUUCAAGGCGAUAUCAACCGCUGGACACCAUUUGUGGCGAAUAGAGUCAAACAAAUCAAAGAUGUCAUAGUAUCAGACCAUUGGUAUUACAUAAAAUCAGCUGACAACCCAGCUGAUUGCGCCAGCCGUGGUAUCACAACAGCACAAUUGAAUCAACAUCACCUGUGGUGGAACGGCCCUCAAUUUCUGCCUGGAUUCGAUGAGUCAUUGGGAGCAGAGAAGUCCAUCUACGUCACGGAUCAAGAGGAGCGAAAAAUAAAACAGAGCAACGUCAUAGUUCGACAUCAUAGCGAUGAUGUCAUUCAAUACAUACUACAAAGAAACAGCGAUAUAGCACGCGCCGUACGGAUACUUGCCUGGGUGUUACGUGUGACGCGACGUCAGCACAAUCACUCUGGUUACUUGCAUGCGAAAGAAUUGGACACGGCAAAACAUAUGAUUAUUAAAUACGUUCAAGAAGCGGAAUUUUCUGAAGAGAUUAAUAGUCUACGAAAACAGGAGCUAGUAAAUAGCAAAAGUAAAACUUUAUGCCUCAACCCGUUCUUGGACAAGGACGGCCUAUUGAGAGUAGGAGGCAGACUGAAGCACGCAAACAUAGACGAAGAAAUGAAACAUCCACUGAUCAUACCACACAGCAGCUACAUUACUGACCUUAUUAUCGACCAAGCCCACCGCUGCACGUUUCAUGCGGGGGCUCGGAUGACGCUCUGUUAUAGGGAUUUGGCCGAAGGCCUUUUUAAAAAAUGA